AUGACGGAAACUGGCCGGGGACUCGUCUGGAAGGGGCGAGACGAGGGCGGUCCCGUCGCGCGUCACGAUGACUUCCGCUCCUGCGCCGCGGGCCUUCGCGAAUUUAUGCCCUCCGUGCUCUGGGGCCCGGUGACAGGGAGCUCCCUCCACCGGAAAGGGUGGACGAAGCGAGCUGCCUCAUCCGGCGGUCUGUGUCACAUCGGCCGCGGAACGCUGGUACUAGGUUUCCUGAGGCGGAGGGUCAGGCAGCCGAGUGCAGCGCACUGAGGGUCGUGACCGUCCAGAUCCUCGACGGAUCGGUCGCCCCUGCAGUUGUCCAGAGGCUAUCGCUUGCAGAGAGCGAGUAUCCUGUGCGGCCAGCUUGCGAAGAUAUGGAUCAGAAACUUCCCCAGUUGAUAGAGGAGCUCACAACUUCAGGAGAAUCCCAACUGAAUGCUCAGAAAAUGAAGGAACUGAAGAAAAUUUGCAAGUCUUCCGAGGAGCAGCUGAGCCAUGCCUACCACCUGCUGAAGACACAGCUGACCCAGGACCAUGCUGAGAUCCGCCUCUCAGCCUUCCAGAUUGUGGAUGCGCUCUUCACCAGGUCUCACCAGUUCAGAGUGCUGCUCGUUUCUGACUUCCAGGAAUUCCUAGAGCUCACACUGGGCACAGAUAAUGACAAUCCCCUGCCACCCCCACGGGAGGCAGCCCAGAGGCUAAAGCAGGCAGCCAUGCAGGCUGUGGAAGGUUGGAAUGAGAAGUUCGGGGAGGCCUAUAAGAAGCUAGCCUUGGGCUACCACUUCCUAAAGCACACCAAAAAGGUGGAUUUUCGGGAUGUUGAUGCUAGGACUGUGGCAGAAAGGAAGCGUGAAGAGGAGAAGCAGAAACACCUGGAUAGAAUCCACAGAGAAAGUGCUGAGCGGGCUAAGAGGGAGAUGGAAGAAAUGUCUGAUGAAAUCCGAUCCUGCCUGACGGAAGUGGAGAACUGCUUUAAGCUGCUGGUGCCCUUGGACUUGGGCCCAUACCCAGAGGAUAAAUUCUUUGCUGAGGCAUCUGGCAUAACAGAGGGCCAUGUUCCUUGCACCUUGAACCCAGACUUGGCAACUUCUUGUGAGUCUGGUCUCCCUGGAUCCCAGAAUGAAGAGCAGCCAUGCUGUAGCAAGGACCUGGUUGCCUCUGCAUACCAUGUAGGGUCUGUUGUCAGUCUGAAGACACUAGCCCAAACAGCUGAGGAAGACCCCUCCAGGGACGAGGAUGAGCACAGUGACCCAGAGGAGUUCCUGAGGAGCCAUGGGCUGGGAUCCCACAAGUACACACUGGACGUGGAACUCCCCUCAGAUGGUCUGAAGGUGCAAGAGAAUGAGGACAACCUGGCUGUCCUCCAUGCUGCUCGAGACUCACUCAAACUCAUUCAGAACAAGUUUCUGCCAACUGUGUGCUCCUGGGUCCAGCGGUUUACCCGUGCAGGAAUCUACAGUGGACACUUAAAACAGGCCAUUGACCUGAAAAUGGAAUUGGAACUUGCUCUGAAGAAAUAUGAGGAACUGAAUAUCCAGCCUGAGAAAGGGCAGAGGAGCAGGACAGAAGCCCUGGAGGACAGCGAGGAUGAGGAUCAGGACUUCGUGGACGUCCCAGAGAAGGAGGGUUAUGAACCUCGAAUCCCUGACCACCUCCGGGCUGAAUAUGGGCUGGAGCCAAAGGCCUCACUGAAGACUCUAGAGAAAGGUACAGCUGUGUGCAGCUUACAGGAGAGGACAAGGAUGAGAAAGGAAGAGGAGGCAUCAGACCCCACCUCUGCAGCUGCCCAGCUGUUGCGGCUCCAGGACUGCCUGCCAUCCACCUCACCCUCCUCUGCCAGGUUACUUCUGGGGCCAGAGGAAGCCCAGAAGCAGGCAGAGCGGGCCCGAGCACCCAUUGUACCCUUUGGAGUGGACCUGUGUUACUGGGGCCAGGAGAAACUAACAGCUGGGAAGAUCCUUAAAUCUGACUCUCAACACCGCUUCUGGAAACCCAGCGAGGUGGAGGAGGAGGUGGACAGCGCCCACGUCUCUGAGAUGCUCCAUAGCCGACACAUCACCUUUGCAGGGAAGUUUGAGCCCGUGCAGCACCAGUGCCGGGCCCGGAAGCCUAAUGGCAGGCUCUGCGAGCGCCAGGAUCGGCUGAAGUGCCCAUUCCAUGGGAAGAUCAUCCCCAGAGAUGACAAGGGGCAGCCCCUCAACCCAGAGGACAGAGCCCGUGAACAAAGGCAGCAGCUUCAGCAGCAGCAGGCGCAUCCAGAUUGGCAGGACCCUGAGUUUAUGAAGGACGUGGAGGCAGCCACAGGGGUGGACCUCGGCUCAUCCAGGUAUAGCAAGAAGGGCAAAGGGAAAAAGAAGAAGCACCCCAACCUCACCGACCUGCGAGAGCGUGCCAACACCUCCCGGGCCCGCCUGGAGAAGAAGGUCUUUGCCAAGGCAGCCGUGCAGAGAGUAGUUGCUGCCAUGAACCAGAUGGACCAGAAGAAACAUGAGAAGUUUGCAAACCAGUUUAAUUAUGCACUGAAUUAAAAGAGUGUGGGAUGAAUGUGCUGGGGUCCCCUUUGGCCAUCAGCUCUUUUCUUUUCACCAGCUAACUAGGAGAAUAGGGUCAGGUCUGGUUAGAUCAGAACUUGCUUUUUAUGUAUGUAAAUAACAAUGGAAAAUGGUGCAUUACAAUACUCUCCAGUAGGCCAGGAAAUUUAGCUUAGUGGUAAGACCAAGGUUUGGUUUCCAACAAUUUGGACCAUGCAUAUGGCACCAUACCUAUAAUCCCAGCACUUGGGGACAUAAACAGGACUGUGAGUUCUAGGCCAGUAUGGAUUACAGAGCAAGGCUGCUUGAAAAACAACAAAAAGCAGUAUGAGGUGAUGCACACCUAUAAUCCUAGCACUUAGGAGGCAGAGCAGGAGAAUCAACCCAAGUUAAAAACUAGCCUAGUAUAUAUAGUAAGUUACAGGCCAGCCAGACUUUGUAAGGAGAGUGUGUUUCCCAGGGGGUGGGGGGGUAGUGGUGGGGGGAGCCCUCAGGAUAGCCUACCGCAUUGGAGUCGGGGUAAAGGCAGGCACCCCAUCUGGUUGCGGGUCAAGCCUUGGGCAAUAAGUGUGUCCCCAUUAGGGCUAUGUACUUUAUGAUGGCUUUAGAAACCCACUCUUUCAUGCACAUGCUGUUUAAUACAGAUACACAACUCCUAGCCCAGAAUUCUGUGGAAUGGCUCUCUUGAGCCCUAACUCACAUAUCGUGCCGCCCGCUAGUACAUACACAGAUGUAUAACCAAUGACACUAUCUGCUUCCAGAACUUUAUCACCCUAGGAUGAACUGCCUGCCACCCACCCCUAAGCCCCCUUUCUGUUUCAGGAUUUGUGUUUUCUAGAAUAAUUGGGUCUGUGGCUUUUUGUUUUGUUUUGUUUGAGAUGUGGUCUCUUAAUGUAGUUCUGACAUUCCUGGAGCUCAGUAUGUAGAUGAGGCUGGUCUUGAACUCACAGAGAUACUCCUGCCUCUGCCUCCUGAGUGCUGGGAUUAAAGGCGUGCGCCACCA